CUGACUCUAAUUAAGAUGCCUUUUACCUGAAUAUCAAGAACGGAACAGAGAGGGUGAAAGAGAAAGAGCUGAAGCUGCUUACAAAGACAAAUGGAUUAUAGAAUAGUUAGUUGGGUGAUCCACUUCUUAAGGAAAGGAACAAAAAUAGGAAGGGUUUACUUGACAGAUGUUGCUUUUUUCUUUUUGUACCUUACCCUUCUGAAACUGGAACUUUGACAUGGACUAAAAUUUUUAUUGGCAGGUCUUUUGAUCCUAUUGUGCUUAUAGAUCAAAUGGGGAUGCAGAUUACAGUUCAAGCACCAAUACUUUUAUAGCCUCCAUUGUUGUUUUUUUUAUUAUCACGAUUACAACCCAGUGCAGCUUCUUUCUCAUUUGAACUUUUGAGAAAUGGACGAGGCAUUUGGUAGGACAGGGGGUAGAUUCAAAAUAUCCUUGAUAGAUUCAACAAUGAUGCGGAUUGUGCACCGUGCAAUGAAUAAAGCACAUGAAAGAGCACAGUACAAGGAAGGUGUUAUAGAAUGCUUGACCGAGAUUUCCAAGUUCUAUGAGUUGGCAGUGAUGCAGUUAGAAGGGUGUUUGAAGUUUGUUCAAGAAGAAACAGACAGCACUUUUGAAAGCAGUGAUGAAGAGGUGUUGGGGGAUUUGGCAGAAAUUAGAGAUCGUCUUGUUGGACGACACAAGGAAUCAGAGUUGGCGAUUGCAGAAAAGGAUAGGGAGUUAGCUUGGAGGCUAGACAAUGAGAUGAAGCUUAGAAAAGCACUGGAAGUGAAAGAAAGACAAUUGGAUUCUUUACAUGCCAAUCUCAAGCUUGAGCCAACAAAGAUUAAUGAGGGUGUUGAAGAGCUUCUUAAUCAUGGCAAUCAGGUGGGGAUUGAUGAACACGUUCUUGAAAAUCAGGUAGGUGCAGAAGAGGAUAGAGACGAGGAAUUUUCAGGGUUGAAACAUUCAGUGGAACAGCAGGUAUGGAAUAUCAAGCAAAAACUUGAGCCUGAAAGUAAGUCUGAAAGAAGGAGAAAUAAGGGUUGUGAAAGCUUAAAGAUUGAACAGAUGUGCUCAGAUAUAGACAUUUUAAGGAUUGAGCAGAUGAGCUCAGAUAUAGAUAUCUUAAAAGAAACUAUGGAUAUUGCUUUUGGAAAGAUGCAGAGUGCUAUUUUCCUGUCGGAGAUGGAGCCUGUAGAGCAGCAAUGGAGGUUGAUGAUUGAGAAAGAUACAUUAGCAGUUCUGAUGAAAGGUUUUAUGGGGGAUAUCCAGGAGAAUAUGAAAGCACAAGUUAGAGGGAGACAGAAGCAAGUUUCUUGUGGAUUGAGCAAGCAUUUGUCUGAUUUGAUGAAAGAGAUGAAAUGCUUACAUGAUGAACUAGAAGCUCUUUGCCUAUCUGAGAGUAACCAUGAAAGCAAGAAUUUUCUAAAGCCAAGAGGAGAGUCUCCAGCAGAAGAAGACCAGUACAGGAAACCCAAAUGUUACUCCUCCAGUGUUAAGGAAGUUGACCAAGAGAAGCAGCUUGGUGAAAAGGGUUCAGAAGAUAAUGAUGGUAACUAUGUUGCUAAAUUGAUAAAGAAUCACGAGUCCAUUAUCAAGAGAAAAAACAAAGAGUUGAAUUGGCUGAAGCGAGAAAUUUCUGGGGGAAAAGGAAGUUCAGAUGCUGGGAGAGAAGAGGAUCUUGUUAGUUCAAAAAGAAGGAUUCAAGAUGUUAUUGAGAGAAUGCAGAAUCUAGUUAACUGGAAUGCAGAACUUGGCGAAAAUUACGAGGACGAUGAAGGUGAUGAAAAUGUAGAAGGUUCUUCGACCAAAAGGUUGUGCAACUUCACUACAACACAACAGGAGGGAUCUCUUGCUGAGAUUUCAGAAGACGGCCAGGAGAAAGUGAAUAAAAUUUCAAUUUCUGAUGUAGUAAGUGAAGAACUGCGUAAAGAAAUAAGGAUGCUGAAAGAAGAAAAAGAAGAUGCAAGUUUGCAGACCAUGAUAAUGGAGCAGACAUAUGCUACUAUUUGGGAAGGAUGUGUAUAUGAGUCUAGCACUGAAUUACUUAGGUAUGACUUGGAGAUCCUGAUAACAAAAGGGAUACAUGAAGAUCUUUUGAAGAAAAUGGUCAAUGAGUGGAAUGGACAGAUGGGAUGUUACAAGAUGGAUGCUCAGAUUAGAGAAGAGAUAAGUUAUAUUGUGUUGAGUGAGGCAGUGAAAGAUUUUGAUUCUAUUCUUGACUCUAUAUUAGUAGAAUGUCAGGAUUCCAGGGCUGAAAGCUCUUGUUUGGUAGACUAUAACUUGGAGGGAACGUUAAGGGAGGAUGUAACCAAGGUCUUGUUAAGGGAAAUAUGCAAGGAAUGGAAUGAGCUUGUAGAAAGAUCUGAUGCUGCAAAUCUCACUUUGAAAAAGAGAUAUCAAAUUGAAUUUGAGGAGACCCUUAGAGAGAUAAGAAACACUACUAAUCACAAAAUAAGCAAAUACAAAGAGGUCAAUUUAGAGGGAAAAUUGAGGGAGGAAAUCUCGAGGUUCCUCUUUGGAGAACUGUACAAGGAGUGGUAUGAGAAUAUAGAAAGAUCAGAUACUGAAAACCUUGUUAGAGAAGAUAUAUAUAACAUUGCCAUUCAAGAGACUUUCAUAAAUAUAGCACACACUGGAAAUUCUCCAGAAAGCAAACUCAAUGAGGUGAACAAUUCAGAGAAUGGUAUGGAGGGCUUCCCAUUUCAUAAUGAGUCAUUUAAAUUAAUAGAACAUUCAAUUAAGGAGGAUCUCCUUAUGGUUUUUCUGAAGGAAAUGUCUAAAGAAUGGAAGAAAGAGACAGAUGCCCAUAACUUUGAGAGUCUCAUUGGGGAAGAAAUUUUCUUACUUGCUCUUUUUGGAGCUAUUAAAGAGGCUAAUACUGCUUACAGAGAAACUGCAGCUCAGGAUCAUUUCAAUAUCUCUGGCGAAAAAUUUCAAAGAAGUCAAGAACUUAAUGGAGAAGAUGUUUUGAUUAACAAAGAAGAUUCACAAAUGAAUUGCGUUGAAGUUCAGGCGGGUUUGAUUCAAAGCAUGAGUUCUGAGAGUAAAGAGUACAGUGGACAACAUGACAUCAUUCAACUGAAGCAUAAAAAGUUAGAUAAGCUAAAGAUCUCUCGAGAGUUGUUAACUGAGAUGGGAAGCAAUUUCACUUGUCUGAGCAGCAAAGUUGAGAAAGCUUUGGAGCAGUUAACAGUGAGUAAGGAAAUAGUGAACGAGUUAAGAUGUUGUCUAGGGGCAGCAGGUGAAGAUCAGAAGGCUUUUGUAGAUUCUGCACCUAACACCAGACCCUCCAGGUUGCAACAGAAAGAAAUUAAGAGGGUCAAGCUAACCCCACCUUAUUCUGCUUUUACACCUUUCAUGGAAUUCUUACAAAUAUUUAUGGACUUCCAGUGCACAGUUGAAGAAAAGUUAGAGCUGAAUAUUUUGAGGUUGGAAGGAGCGAUGCAGCAUUUGAAUCCACUUGCUGAGCUUGUUGCCAGACGAAGGAGGAAGGAAAGGCUUUAUAGAAAGGCAUUUAUCAGUAGAUGUGAGAAUCUAAGAAAGGCUGAAACUGAGGUAGACCUGCUGGGCAACCAGGUAGAAGUACUUCUAGUCCUACUUGAGAAGAUAUAUACCAUACUGCAUAACUGUUCGCCAGUGUUGAAAAACUGUUCUGAGGUAUCAGACAUUUUGAAGAUGAUCAGGAAAGAGUUAGAUGGUGAACUUCUUGGUUUCACUGACUAGUGGAUCUUUUCUAUAGUACUGUCAACAAGAAUGAAUUAUCUUGUGCAGACAACUAUGCUGUAUUCUGUAUUGCUAACCAGACAUCAAUUUUGAAUUUUGAUAUUCUAAAUCUAAAAGCUGA